AUGGUUGUUUUUGCUUACUGUUCGGCGUUAGUGGCUGAGCCUUACCCUAAGGCGUGGGGUAGCCGCUUAUUUGUAUUUAUUAUGGGCAUUUAUUGUAUAUUAUCUUUUUUUUUGACUUUAUUUCGGUGGUCUUCCUUAUAG